AUGAGGGCUUCCUCACUGUUUAGGCCUGCGACGGCUGGCUUUUGCUCCCUCGCCAGAUUAUGGCCGUUCCUCGCCCUCUCACAGUCGUCGGCCGUCAGUGCAAUAACAAUCACCCCCGUGGCACUGCCUGACCUCGAUCUCUCGCCCCUGGGCAGAGUUGCGCUGACCGGCAAUUUCGACGCGAUCUCGCUUUACUCGUACGAGCAGCAGACCGAAUCUCUCCCUUCUCGCAAUGGCUCGCAGGCACUGCGUACGCCGCUCCCCAACGGAGUCCUGGCGACAUUGUCGACUGCAGACGCGGACAUCCUGGCGAUGUGCCCUUUUACGCGUAAGGAUGGGAGUUUCGCCGGCGUGAUGGUGGGUGGGAACUUUACCAGCUUGGGCGGCGUCGAAUCGCAAGGCCUGGCGCUGUACAACCCUGCGGCAAAUAGCGUCGAAAGUAUCUCGGGCCUCACUGGCACGGUAUCGGCCCUGCUGUGCGACCAAGACACCGAUUCCGUCUAUGUUGGUGGUGACUUUUGGGUCGACAAUUCAACCAACGCGGCGAUCUGGACCCCAGGUCAGGGAUUGUCCAGCGUCCCGUUUGGUGGGUUCAAUGGCCCCAUCUCGUCCAUAGUCAAGGCGGAUGAUGGCCACAUCAUCUUCGGUGGCUCCUUCGACGGUCUGGGAAACGAAACAACCACCAACCAAAAGAACGGUUCCCAAGUUAUCAACCUAUCCACCGCCACAAUCACGAGCGAUGCGAAUUCUGGUCGCGCGGGCUUCGAUGAUCCUCGUAAUAUCAUCUGCAAGACUUCCGAUCAAGAUGGCCCGGGAAACACAUGGCUGCUUGCUGAUUACUCCCCUGGAUUUUGGCGGGCAGACAUGCGUUUUGGGUUCCGACCCACGAAGCUUCGCCUGUACAAUACCCAUUUUGAAGGAAGGGGCACGAAGUCGUUUCUGCUGCAGGCAUUACCCGACACUGGCAUCAUGAAUCUCACCUACACGGAUCCUCAAACCGGCCAGGAAGUUUUCUGCGACUCGGCGUGUCCGCUCUCGAACAACGCAUCUGAAACCUAUCGCGAUUUUCGAUUGGUCAACAAUGUUGGCAUGAGCGGCUUCAUGAUCCAGAUCCAAGAGUGGUACGGUCAGGGGGCUGGGCUCGAUGGGAUCGAGGUCUUUCAAGAUGACAUUUACUCGUACGCCGUCAAUGACUUCAACGAGCCAACCUGCGGAGGGAUCGAGUUUCCAUCCACAUCGACCUCGACCGGCUCGUGGACAACAGUCUCCCCGGCGGGUCAAAGUGACUCCGAAUACUUGACGGCUGACGUGACCAACGCAGAUGCCACAAGCACCUCCGUCACGUUUGAGGCUGACAUCAAGCAAUCGGGUAACUACUCCGUGGCUCUGUACACGCCGGGAUGUAUCCAAGAUGGAACCUGCCAAUCGCGAGGCUUGGUCAACGUGACUGGCACAUUUGCUUCCAGCACCAGGGAGGCAGCUCCUCUCCAGACCGUGAUCGCCCAAACCAACUACUACGAAAAAUACGACAUUAUCUACACGGGUUAUGUGGAAGCAAACAGCGAUAAAUUCCGUUCCAAAGUCACCCUCACUCCGCUUGCUGGCCAAGGAACAUCAAGGUUGUCGCGUCGCGGGUCGGCUUCCAUCUCAUCUCUGCCACUGGCGGUGGCGAUCUCAACGGCUUCUUCCGCAAUAGACAAAGUGGGUACUCAGUUGGACAAGGACGCUUCCAUCUCCAGCCUGGUCACCUAUAACGGGGUGAUCUAUGCGGGUGGGAAUUUCUCGGAUUCGACCUUGCGCAAUAUCAUGUCGUUUUCCGACGGAAACGCGACGUCACUGCCUGGCGGAGGUCUGAACUCCCCGGUGGAAUCAUUACUCGUUUUAAAUGAUACCUUGUACGUCGGAGGAAACUUCACCGAUACCGCGACUGGAGGGACGCCGAAUUUGAACUACGUCGCCGCCUACUCGUUUUCGGAGAAGACCUGGUCUGCGCUUGGAGCAGGUGUCAACGGCCCUGUCACUUCUGUUCAGUCUCUGCCGGUGAAUAUAUCCGCCGACACUACCGAGAUGAGCGUAGCGGUCAGCGGUAAAUUCGAUCAGGUACGCGCGUUUGGUGAUAACUCGACCAUCUCUGUGUCCGGCUUCGCUGUGUGGGUUCCUUCCCAAAAGAACUGGCUGCAGAAUCUCAAUACCUAUCAGAUGGCCUUCAAUGGCCAAUUGGCCGCUUCUGCUGUCAUUGGAAACAACACCACUAUCCUUGCCGGUUCCCUGAUUUCUGAUGGUAUCGCCUCCACUGGUGCCGUCUCGUUGACUGAGCCGAAUGGACUCGCUCUCGAGCCUUUCCCGGUCGAUAUCGUGAAGGACACGACUGGUUCGUCCUUGUCGAAGCGGGAUACCAGUUCGCAGAAUGCUACGGGCGUUACAGUUGGCAUAUUUGAUAAGGGUAAUGGUCGCAACCUCACCAUCCUAGGUGGGCAGUUUACCGCUAGGGCAACGAAUGGCUCUACCAUCGAGAAUCUCCUCAUCGUUAAUGGUGCCAACGGUAACACCGUUACCGGUCUUGGCCCAGGCGUCGACAGCAACUCAACUUUUCGGUCUCUUGCUGUUCAAGGAGAUACUCUCUUUGCUGGUGGGUCAGUCACUGGAAAGAUAGGCACUUCUCAGUUGAACGGGUUUGUGGCCUAUAACCUCGCUGGUGGGGACUUUGUCUCUCCCCAGCCCCCAGCGCUCACUGGGGACAAUGGGGAUAAUGUCACUGUCAAUGCAAUUGCUGUACGCCCGGGUUCGACAGAGGUCUAUUUCGGAGGUGAAUUUGACGCGGCCGGAGCUCUCCCGUGCCCCAGCGUUUGUUUCUAUGACACUUCCGAGGGUCAGUGGAACCGGCCUGGCGUGGCUAUUGAAGGCACUGUCACGAGCUUGCAAUGGGCGAGCAGUAACAAGUUAAUUGCAGCGGGCAAUCUCACAGUCGGGAACAAUAAAACCAUGAUUGCGACGUAUGACAACUCGCAACAGGCCUGGACCUCCAUGGAUGGAGCUUCGACACCCAAUAUUCCUGGUCCCGUUACGGCCUUUGGCCCCGCUGCUGAGGACAUGUCGCAGUUCUGGGUCGCUGGCCAAACUUCCGACGGGUCCAGCUUCUUGGUUAAUUACGAUGGCUCCAAGUUCAAUAGCGUGGGGAAUCUCUUCGAGAAGCCGACCACGAUCCUUGGCCUGCAGGUUCUGGGUCUCAGCCAAGAUCACGCCAGCACCAGCCUGCUCAGAGCCGACCAGGUCCUCCUUAUUACCGGCCAGCUGGUGAUUCCCAACUUUGGCAACGCCUCUGCUGCUCUCUACAAUGGAACCACCUUAACUCCAUUCCUCUUGUCCUCCACGGCAGAUGGUCAGGCCGGUAGCAUUUAUGAGUUAUUCACUGAGAACCAGAACACGUUCAGCGGAACCACGUCGCCGCCAGGGCUACGUUCGCGCUCCACAGACUCUUCCUUUUCCAACUCUCGUUUCCCCCCAGCCUAUCCUUCUACUCUGUCCAACCUGGCUGUUGACUUUGAGCAAGUUCAUGGGUGUCGUGAUGCACCCGCCGUCUUGUGGAUAUCUUCUUGGCCACCUAUCUGCCAUGUAGCAUAUCGUGACCUCUGGAAGGAGGUCGUCAUGUACAUAUCCCAUGUUCUGUCCUUGUGGUAUAAUGAUAGUAAUGCAUUGCCAUCUACGGCAGUGAUUGUUGCACUCAUGAAUCAGCGUGUAGUAGUUGCCACGAAGCAGUGUCAUAUGACCCGCAAAGAACUUGGCGUCGGAUUAGCUUUUUUUUUCCCCGAGACUCGUGACAUUGCCUGGAAAGGAAGUCCGUCCCUGACUCCGAUUGUGACUUUCUCUGUUCCGUUUGUCUACAGGCUGUUCACAGAAGGCGCAAAAAGAAUGAACUGCCAGGAUGAUUCCUGCUCAGCAUUGAGCGCUGAUGCGCGGAGAAACCCCCGCUCGCCAUGUCUUUCGCCCGGCCAGGCCACGCCAGCGGACCAGCGCCGAGUCCUGGCCUCGUGCCCUGCCCUCCCCACAUCUCUGCGCACGAGUCAUCCAGAGUGCCAGCGGUCUCGACCCUCUCCCCUCCGGCGUCCAUUGCUCCGCUCCAGCUUCUCUCUCAACCCGUCUGAUCGACUCUUUGAUGUUGUCGUAACGACUCGUUUCGCGCCCGCCAUCAGUCGGCAUGCGAUCAAGAACGGGCUGAACGAGUUUAUAAAAAUUUCAGAAUAUGACUCACUCUUGGUUCUGGCUGAUAAUAGUCUGACGUGUCGAUCCCGGAAGCUGAAAUGCGACGAGCAGAAGCCCCAAUGCUCCCAAUGCCGCAAGGCGUCGAGGGAGUGUCGUCCCAGCGAAGGCAUUGUCUUCCGCCAUCAGCAGAAUGCCUCGAUGAACAAGGACCUCGAUGGCGCCGGUCUGAAGGGGUUCUAUUCCUAUAAGAACACCUUUGGCGACGACAAUGUCUGGUUGGAGAUCCCGAAACAUGUCAUCUUCGUGGACAAUUCUGAUCCCUAUGCCGAAGACCUCGAGGCGACUCUGGCCGCAUCCGAGCCCGCCAUCUCUACGUCUAACAAUAAUGAUUGGAACAUCCAUGACGAUUUUCGGACGUCCUCGAUGGACGCUGAAGCUCAUGGCUUGGUCGCUUUGUCUGCUGCCGCAACGCAGAACCGGUAUGCCUUCCAGCAUACACCAGGGGUUGAUCAUUCAGGCACAGCAGCAGACGGCGUCCCGUUCAGUCAUCCAGAGCUUCCCACCUCCGUUCCUCCAAUCCACUCGCCCAGCGAAACCCGCAAUGCGAUGCCUCCUCCCACCUCUCCCUCCGCGUCAAUCACGUCCUCGAAUAAUAACAUCAAUUUCCUCCUCAACCCCUCCCAUUCCAUGUCACCUCCAAUCGACCCUGGUCUGCCUACGCCGGUGGUCCGCAGAGAGUCUUCCUAUGCUUCGGCGUCUGUGGCAUCCCGCAGUGUAGCACCAGACUUGAGACAGGAAGUCCAUGUAGAGACGGAUCAUGAAAUUGCCUUUUUGCUUCGGCACUUUUCUGAAGCUCCCGGGUUGUGGAUGGAUCUCUUCGAUUUGGAGACCUACUUCGCAUCCCAUGUUCCAGUGAAGGCCCUCACAAAUCCUCUGCUGAAGUAUGCGGCAUGCGCUUACGCCGCGAAACAACUGGGUCGAGUCAAGGGUGCCAAGGCCAUCGUGGGCGGGGUGUGCUCGAAGCAGGCGUCCAUGGAAGUCUGGCCCGAUGCCGACAAGGUCGACUGGUAUUGGUACGGUGCCAAGUAUUACGAAAAAGCUAUUCACCUUCUGAUGAAGGAACUGCAACAUGAUGCCGAAGCCCCACCGCCGUUGAGCACUCCCGAGGCGUUUGGACAGUGGCAGGCUGUCGAACUAUGUGAAGAUGGGGAACAUGCCCGCAAGAGACGGCGGCGCUUCUCCAAUAGUAGACUGUCGGGUGCUCAUUCGGACGAGGUGUUGGCGGCGACGGCCAUUCUCUCCGUCUACGAAUUCCUCGACGCCACCGGCCCAGCAUGGAAUCGUCAUUUGAGCGGCGUCAAGUCUCUUCUGGAUAUUGCCGAAGUGGGUAUGAUGCCGCUGGAACAACAGACGUCGCCAGGCGGAACGCCUCUGCCACCAAAGCGACCGGCUCUAUCGAAAGCACGAAAGGCUACCUUCUGGAACUUUGCUCGACAAGACUAUCUAGCUGCUUGUCUGUUAGUUAUCAAUGAGUGUCAGACAAGAUUGAAUACGGAUGACCUCGUGUUGUGGACAGAAGCCGGUUUGCAGGUGGACAGCGCGGGGUUUGUCCGCCCCAGCAACACGGGUGAAGAUGACGUGAUGAAGGAAGACAUGAUUUCAAACGCCCUCAUCUGGAUCCUUUCCAAGAUUGUAAAUUUUAUUGCUGCAGGGGACAACAUUCACGUCGGUCCGAACAGCAACCCCAUUGAUGAGGGGCCUCUCGGGGUGAAGCAACAAGUAUUGCUCGAGCGUUGGUAUCGACUUCAGGCGGAACUGGAUGCUUGGUAUAAUGGACUUCCUGAUACUUUUCGGCCGUGUGCGAGGAUCGAACCCUCUCGAGGGCCCCAGGAUGCCAGUGAUGCCGAUGACUGUCCUUUCCCAGAGGUGUGGUACAGCAUUCCCAUGUGCGCGUCGACAAUGCAGCACUACCACAUGGCUCGGAUCCUGCUCCUUAUCAAUAAGCCCCACGAGUCAACCGCCCGACGGACGACGGUGACCAACCGGCUCAAGUCCUAUCGUUCGAUUGAGAGCGAGAUCCGAUAUCACAGCCAGGAAAUCUGUGGGAUCUCUAUGUCUCGGCCCGAUGGGUCGGUGAGGAUUCAUUCCCUUCAGCCAUUGUUUGUCAGUGGCCAGUGCCUGACCGAGCCUCGGGAGCGGCGGACAAUCAUCCGACUCCUGCGAGGCAUUGAGGCUGACCUCGGAUGGGCCACCGAGUAUCGUGUGAAGCAGCUUCUGAAAGAAUGGGAAUGGGACGAAUCAUAUGACCUGAUGGCUGGUUCCUGA